UUUAUUCGGUGAGGAGGUUUUCGCUUGGUAUUAAGCUUUUAUAGUUUCAGAGGACGCGGAAGGUGGGGGGAGGAAGUUAAGGAGGAUGAAGGGGAGGGAGAAAUCUCUCUCCGCCAUCGGUGGCAGUCGGCGGUAUGUUUAGGAAGAGGAAGGGUUCUUGGUAGGGAGAGGAUUGAGCUGGCUCACUCUCUUUCUCUCUUCUUGUGGAGAUGGGGAGUUGUUUGGAGAAAGCGAAGAUCGAGGAGAAUUCAGCCCAGGACAGCGCUCAAUCCUCUGCUGCAGUAACAAAAGCAUUUCAUGCAGCACUUCCAAGGUCCAGCAGUACAGAAGUCAAGUCUUCUGCUACCUCUACCCAAACUUUAUCUUCUGUCAGUGAUGGUACUUCAUCAACAAACCUUCCAGAAGGACAGAUACUCCAUUCAAGUAAUUUGAGGACUUUCACUUUUAAUGAACUGAGAAGUGCAACUAGAAAUUUCCGUCCUGAUAGUCUUCUUGGAGAGGGUGGUUUUGGCUGUGUUUUCAAAGGCUGGAUAGAUGAACAUGGACUGAUUGGGUCCAAAUCUGGUUCGGGUAUGGCGGUGGCUAUAAAGAAGAUGAGCAACAAGGGUUUUCAAGGGCAAAAGGAAUGGUUGGCUGAAGUUAAUUACCUGGGUAAACUGCACCAUCCGAAUCUGGUAAAGCUAAUUGGUUAUUGCUUCGAAGAUGAUCAGUAUUUGUUGGUCUAUGAGUACAUGUCAAAAGGAAGCCUGGAAAACCAUCUUUUCAGAAGAGUGGUCAGCCAUCAACCACUUCAGUGGGCAAUAAGAGUGAAAAUAGCUCUUGGAGCUGCUAAGGGUCUUGCUUUUCUACACAAUUUAGAAAGGCCAAUAAUAUAUCGUGACUUUAAGGCAUCUAAUAUUUUGCUUGACUCGAACUAUAAUCCAAAACUUGCAGACUUUGGCUUGGCAAAAUAUGGACCUACAGGUGAUCAAACACAUGUUUCUACGCGUGUUAUUGGCACUUACGGUUAUGCAGCUCCGGAAUAUAUCGCAACAGGCCAUUUGACUGCAAAGAGUGAUGUAUACACCUAUGGAGUAGUCCUUCUAGAACUGCUUUCUGGCCGGCGAGCUUUAGACAAGAACAGGCCUCCUGGGGAGCAGAACCUGGUGGAAUGGGGUAGGCGUUACAUGGGCGACAAGCACAAGGUAUACCGAAUCAUGGACAAUCGACUGGAAGGCCAAUAUCCACUGAAGGCCGCUUAUAUAGCAGCAUCAACUGCUCUCCAGUGUCUCUCUUCGGAUCCAAAGAGCAGACCUCACAUGAAUUCUGUUGUUGAGACAAUGGCCCAAUUACAGGAUAUAAAAGAACCUGAAAGACCAUUGCCUCAGCUUGUAAAAGGCGAUUCUCGGUCUGGAACCCGUUCACGCUCGAAGGGUCAUACUGUCUAGUUUCUCACCUCUAGAGUUCUGGCCAUCAAAAAAUUAUUGGUCGUGGAAACUCUGGCUAUCUGCUUUCAGUGAGCUUCAGUUGAUGCAGCCGUGAUAAUGAGAGCUGCAUUGUUGUUGUCCCCAGUAUCUGUGGCAGACUCGUGUUCAAGCUUCUCCAAACCUGUAAAUUAUGAGAACGCAGAUAUUCGUCUGCUUUAUGUAAAGUGCUGCAUUUGCCCUUUUCUUCUCAGGAAUUGAAAUCUUGCUUCACGCAUUUCAUAUGUAUUUUUUCGGAAAUCUUAGAAAGCUUGUAAAUUUUCAAGUACUGGGUAAGACAGAAGUGAUCUCGCUUUCUCUCUCUC